AUGGAAGAGGCUGCUUUUUCAAUUAAUCUUCUUGAUCAAUGUUCAAUGGAAGUUGACAUUAAUUCUAGAGAGAUUUUUGGCGUAAGUGGGUUCAACAUCAAAGGAAGUGCUUUGCAUUUAAAUUGUAAGGAAUUUGAUAGGAAGUCAACUUAUCAAGAAUAUUCACACCGCAUGAGGCCUUCAAAGCACGACAUCUCUGAAAAGCCACUGAAUAAAGUGACCACUCAUUUAGAUAUUUUGUAA